AUGCAGCAAAGAGAAUUAUUAUUAAUUAAGUCACAGACUGGUGAAUCAAGCGCAAUUCUAACUGAAUUGAUUAACGGAGAGUCUUAUGAUAUUUAUUUGAGAGGACGAUUUUCAUGGAUAGAUCAAGAAAGUGAACUGGCACAUAUCCAAGUGUCACCUCGCAUACUCCCACCUACUACAUGUCGAGCAGAAACCAGUCAUAUGAAUGCUACCAUCUUUCUAACAUGGUCAUGUGUACCUCAUGCAACUGGCUAUGAAAUUGAGCGAAUGUCAUGCACUGAAGAUGUUCAAUCGAAGUUCAUUAAGAUUGCAACGAUUCCGAGUGCCGGAACAACUGCUUAUUCCGAUGAAUCUAAUCUUGUAAAUGGUAAUAGCUAUAAGUACAGAAUUGCAGCCAUAGACGGGCGAGCAACAAGUGAUUUUUCAUCCAUCAUCACAGCAACACCCCAAUUUGGAGCACCUGCUAAAUUCAAAGCCGUGUCAGGUCUAGAAAGUACUUCUAUUGUUCUUUCGUGGACAUUUGUAGAAAAUGCAACUGGUUACAGGAUUGAACGAGCAUUACCUAUCAAUGAUGUGAUGGAUUUCACUGUCAUUCAAACUAUUUCAAAUGGUCGAACGACCACUUAUAACGAUAAAUUUGCGCUGAUAAACGGAAAAACAUAUAGUUAUAAAAUUGCAGCUAUCAAAAAUCAAUUCGUAAGUGCAUUUUCUCCGAUUGCCUCAGCAACAUCUCAAUUAUCAUCGCCUGCUCGUUUUCAAGCAGAAACUGGCAACGAGAGUCGCACAGUUAUUCUCUCAUGGGCAACUGUAGCAGAUGCUACUGGUUACGAAAUUCAACGAGCAAUAUCUAAUUAUCGGACAAUGGAUUUCGCUACUAUUGCAACUAUUACAAGUGCAGAAACGACCAGUUAUAUCGAUAGAUUUAACCUUGUCAAUGGAGAAGAUUAUGUUUACAGAAUCGCAGCUAUUGAUAAUAUGUCAACAGGUGCUUUUUCAACUAAUAUUUCAGCAACUCCUGAACUACCACCACCACGCGAUUUCAAAGCAGUUCUCAACGAAGAAACCGCUGCUGUUACUCUCUUAUGGUCAUCCUUACGGGAUGCAACCGGUUAUAAAAUUUUCCGAGCAGAUAAGGACAUUUGCACGCCAAACUUUAGCGAAAUUGCAACUAUAUCCGAUGGUAGCAUAAGACAAUACAUUGAUAGAUCAAAUCUUGAGAAUGGUAAAACUUAUCAGUAUAAGAUUGCGGGCAUCGAUAUUCGAUCAAAGUGUGAUGGUUGGUUGACAGUCUUGCCCAUAAAACGAUUCUCAUCCAUUAUUACUAUCACACUAUCACUAUUGGCACCUGAUAAUUUGAAAGCAACUGCAGGUAGAGAAAGUGCUAGCAUUGACAUUUCCUGGUCAUCUGUUACUAACGCAGCUAGUUAUGAAAUUCAACGAUCGGGGUUGCCCACCAAUGGCAUA